UUCAGUGCUUCAAUCCAACACAAUCUAGAGAGAGAAAGCAAGAGAGAGAGAGAGAGAGAGAGAGAGAGAGAAGAGAGGAAUGAUACCGCCGCAAUGGUCAUCUCCGUGCGGUAACCAAUGCACUCAGAAAUACGCAGCUCUAACUCAAAUUCCAUACUGAAUGGCUUAUGAUAGGGCGAGUGUUCUGCAAAAAAGGGUGUGAUGCUGAUGGAGAUUGUUUUCAAGAAUGUUUGGAUGAAUGCACUGAGAUAUGCUAUAAGGAUCCUGUCUUAAAGGACCAGCAAUGGAGUGCUUAUAUCGACCGCUCGCCUGGAUCUGAUAGUUACUCCGAGUUAUGUUUCUCGGCUUGUGUUUCCGGCUGUGGUUACAAGUUUGAGGUUCCAUCAGAGGAAGUUGUUAAAGCACGUCCGAAUAGACCGCCUAAGCCACUUCCUGCUCCAAAGCCGGCCUCACAACCGAUCGAACCCAAAGAAAAGUCUGAAGAUCUACCAAGCAUUUCUGCCUAAUGUUGAUCCAAUCAAUCCCAAACUAGAUCUUACAAUAAUUUUAACAUCUUAUCUAAGGUAGUAAGUAGGGUAAGCAUUUCGAUAGAAUGUUGCUGUUGUACUUUAGUUUGGUUUAGAGGGGUUCUCUAUUUUUUUGGGGGGGGAGAAAGAUUUGUGUUUUUCGAUCUUAGUUGGAUCCCUCGCCUUAACAUCCCGGUUUACCAGAUUUUGAUAGCUUAGAAAGCGAAACCGAAACAGAAAUUAGAUUUGUGUUUUUCGAUCUUAGUUGGAUCCCUCGCCUUAACAUCCCGGUUUACCAGAUUUUGAUAGCUUAGAAAGCGAAACCGAAACAGAAAUUAGAUUCUAAUUUAUUAAAAUGACAGAUAUGAGCAAAUACAUAUUCUGUUGAUCUAUUAUCAAAGGGUAUGAAAAGCUUAGUACAGAACAUUUGGCUUUUAAUGUCAAAUGACAUCUUAGCA